AUGGCAUGGACAAGUGAGAUGGACCGCUGUCUUAGUGACAUACUUGUUGAGCAAGUGAAAAAAGGAAACAGGAUAGAUGGCACUUUGAAAGCUGCAGCAUACAGAGCAGCACUUAAAGCCUUAAAUGAAAAUUUUGGGCUCGACCUGACAAAAGGACACAUUCAAAAUCGGCUAAAAACAUGGAAGAAGCAGUUUGGGAUUUUAAAGGAGCUCCUUUCUCAUAAAGGAUUUAGGUGGGAUGAGACACAAAAGAUGGUUAUUGCAGAUAAUUCUGUAUGGAAUGACUAUAUCAAGACUCACCCUGAUGCCAGGAUUUUCCGCAAUAGACAUAUUCAGAACUACGAUCAAUUGUACACCAUCUUUGGCAAUUAUAAUGAGCCUGCGGUGGCUGUUGAUGCGUCUUCUAUUCAAUAUGGUGGUAUGGCAAAAGAUCAAGGAACCAGGUGGAAGGUUCUCUCUUCUUCAUCAGUAUCCUCGUCAUCUUUUGAUUCAAGCUAUUAUAAUUUUGUUCAUUCUCAAUGUUACCUGCUAAAUCCAUCUAAUUGA